AUGCUAGCAAUCGAGGAUGAUGAAUGGCGGCUAGAGACUCGUUAUAGAUUUGAGACUGCAGAUGAGGAGAUCACUUGGGUCGUGUUUCGUAGGGAAUUCAUGAGGAAAUAUUAUCUUGAAGAUGUUUGGGGAAAGAAGGAAAUUGAGUUUCUCGAACUGAAGCAGGCAAAUAAGUUGGUUAUUGAGUAUGCUGCAAAGUUUGUUAAGCUAGCCAAGUUUUAUCCGCACUAUAGCGAGGCGACAGCUGAAUUUUCAAAGUGCAUCAAGUUUGAGAAGGGGUUGCGCUCAGAGAUCAAGAAAGCAGUCGAAUACCAGAAGAUUCGUGUCUUUGCUGAUUUGGUUGAUAGUUGUCGAAUCUAUGAGGAGGAUAAUAAUACUGAUUAUAUGAUUGUCAAUGAGAGGAUAGGUAAGCACCAAAAGAACCGUGGCAAGCCUUAUGAUGCUCCCGCUAGGAAAGGUAAACAGAAAGUUGCUGAUGUUAAGAGAACUAGUGGGGGAGAUGUUCAUGCUGGCGUGGUUUGUUUCAAAUAUGGGAAACCUGAUCAUAAGAGUACUGGAUUUAGUAGUAAUGGUAUGGUUAGACUAUUAGUUAUCGGGCCUAACUUAGUGUUAGUGUUAGUAAGUGAGAGUCAGUGUCAGAAACCGAAGCAGACACAAGCUGGUGGAAAGGUGUUCGCUUUGGUUGGAACUCAAACAGCUAAUAAGGACAGACUUAUUAGAGGUACAUGUUUCAUUAAUAGUACUCAUUUAAUCACUAUUAUUAAUACUGGUGCUACUCACUGCUUUAUUGCUGCUGAUUGUGUUGAAAGAUUGGGUCUUAUGUUGUCUUCUAUUAAUGGAGAAAUUGUCGUCGAUACUCCAGCUAAGGGAUCGACGACUACUUUUCUUUUGUGCUUAAAGUGUGCUUUGUCGAUCUUCGACAGAGACUUUGUUGUUGAUUUAGUUUGUUUACCGUUAAGUGGGAUGAAUGUGAUCUUAAGUAUGAAUUGGUUAAAGUAUCACCAUGUUCAUAUUAAUUGUUAUGAUAAGUCGGUGAGGUUUUCCACUCCUGAAGAGGAGGGAGUUGAGUUGUGUCUGCUAAAUAGUUGUGACUGUUAA